CUCAAGAGCUCCUGUGUGGAGUGCUUGCUCAACAGCCGCUACUAUUCAUUCCUUAACGCUUCCAUAUUCUCAAAGGUCACACACACGCGACUUUGAAGGCAAUGGCCGAUCAAGUGACCCUGCUGGACUUCUGGCCCAGCAUGUUCGGAAUGAGGUGCCAAAUAGCGCUGGCCGAGAAAGGCGUCGAGUACGAGUACAAGGACGAGGACCUGUGGAACAAGAGCGACCUCCUCCUUCGGAUGAACCCGGUCCACAAGAAAAUCCCUGUCCUCAUCCACAACAGCAAGCCCGUGUGCGAGUCCCUCAUCAUUGUGGAGUACAUCGAUGAGACUUGGCACCACAAGGCCCCUCUCUUGCCGUCUGAUCCUUACAAGCGAGCCCGAGCGAGAUUCUGGGCUGAUUUCGUCGACAAGAAGUUCUAUAAUCUUGGGAGGAAGGUGUGGAUGACGAAGGGGGAAGAACAGGAGGCAGGGAAGAAGGAAUUCAUUGAAAGCCUGAAACUGGUAGAAAGUGAGCUCGGAGACGAGCCUUUCUUUGGGGGCAAGAAGUUCGGGUUCUUGGACAUAUCAAUCAUCGGCUACUACAGCUGGUUCUACUCCUACGAGACAUGUGGGAACUUCAGCAUCGAAGCGGAGUGUCCCAAGCUCGUCGCAUGGGCCAAGAGGUGCAUGGAGAAGGAGAGCGUGUCCAAAUCUCUCCCUGACCCUCAAAGGGUGUAUGGCUUCGCCUUGGAGCGCAAGAAAGCAAUGGGCAUAGAGUGAAGGACUAAGCUCCUGCUUUUGCUGGACCCUGUUUUCUUCCCCGUGUGUGGCUGUUGGAAUUUGCUAUCUUCGUAAGUGAUCCUGUUGUACUCGUAAGGGGCUUUGUUUUCUUAAAGUAAUGUUAGUCUCAGCGGACACUUCGUUGUGCCUUCUCUUCAUCUUGUACUACUAGGCGACCAUGUCGCCGUAGAAUAACGCGGACAAGCCCAUGUCAUGCUGAGGUAAUAAUUUUCGUGUAAUGUAAGGUUCUGGUCAGGUUAUGAGUAAUCUCACGUCUUCAGAUGUUCUUCCAAA